AUGGAAAUAUCCUACAUCGGUAUUUCAAUGUUUUUAGUUUUCUUACUCCCCCCCUCCGUGAGUGAACAAAACCAUUAGAAAAAUCCCUAUUUUUCACCCAAAAACCCACCCUCCGUGAGUGAACAAAAAUUUUUUAUGGAAAAAAAUUUUGAUAUAUAAAUGAUAAUUAGUAUAAUGAAAUCUAGAGCUAAUUCUGUUUAAUUUUAAACGAAUUGCUUUUUAAAACAUAAAUUUUGCAAAUUGAAUUAAUAUUUGCUUUCCAAUUUUUGCGAAUUAAGAAUUUUUUUAAUUUCGAAAAAAAAUAUUUUUUAUAAAAAAUGUAAAUAUAAAUUUUUUUAAAAAAAAAAAUUAACCUCCCUCCUGUGAGUGAACAAAAUCUUUUUGUUCACUCACGAAGGGGGGGGAGUUAGCUUAUAUUAUCUUAUUCAAAAAAAAGAAAACCAUAAUAGUCUCAGAUAUAAUUUGCUACCCAAUAAAAUCAUGCCAAGGUGUUCACCUGGAAUCAGCUGAAAUCGGAGAAUUUGGCUUUUUGAUGGACAGAGAAUGGUCAAUUGCAACAUAUAAUGAUGAAAUCAUAGACUGCGCGAAAGAUAUAAGAAUUUCACAGUUAAAACCAAGCUUUUUGUACGAUGAGUUUGAUAAGCCAAAAACUUUGGUACUAAGUUUUGCAGGUUUUGAUGAUUUCCAUUUAGAAAUCACGGACAAUAAAAAUGUAUUUUUUGAGUUUACAUUAGCUGAGACAAAAGGCUUAGCCGCUGAUGAAGGUGAUGAGGUAUCUAAAUGGCUCAGCCAUGUUUUUAAUGCCCAAUACAGGCUAAUUAGGCUGGCUAGAGGUAGACAGCUGAACCAGCACCCAGAUUUUAAAAAUGUUCUCCCAGAUGAAUUCAAGCUGAAUUUUGCUUCAAAAGCCCAGUUUCUCAUCAUUUCAAAAGAGAGUUUUGAAGCAUUUCAUAGGACACUUUCUAAGGAAAAACAGGAAGAUGUGAAUAUGGCGAACUUCAGGCCAUCUAUAGUAGUAGAAAAUUGUUCAUCAUUUUAUGAAGAUAACUGAAAGAAUUUUGAUAUUGAUGGAGUCAGGUUUCAUGGGAUUAGACUUUGUGGACGCUGCAAGAAAACAACUAUUAUUGAGAAAACGCUUCAGUUUGAUCCUAAUUAUGAGCCAGUGAAUUCUCUCACUCCUUUUUCAAAGGGUAAGCAGAGUUUUAGAGGAUCUUUAAAUUUUUAUUAAAAUUUAAAGAAUAGUUAAAAACCAGUAUUAGAAUUCCGUAAAUUAUUUUUUAUAAUGAAAUAUAAUACUUUUAAAUAAAACAUUAAAUAUAAGCAUUAUAGAAAAUUAUUUCGAUAACAAUUUCUAGCAAUUUAAUCUUAACUCUCCCCUCCGUGAAUGAACAAAAAAUUUGUUCGCUUAUUGAGGGAGGUGAUUAAUUUUUUUUUUUUAAAAUUCAUAUAAAAAUUUUAUAAUAAAAUGUUUUUGUAAAAAAAAUCCACUUUGAAAAUCAGAAGUAAAAAUUAAUUUAAUUUGCUAAAUUUACUUUUUAAAAUGAAAACUGUUUAAAACUAAACAGAAUUAACAAGAGAUUUCAUUAUAAUAAUUAUCACUUAUAUAUCAAAAUUUUUUGAUAAAAAAUUUUUGUUCGCCCACGGAGGUGUUUUUACCUAUAAAAUAGGGAUUUUUCAAAUGGUUUUGCUCGCUAUCGGAAGGGGGAGUAAGAGGAGUCAGAAAAUUUCAUGGUAAUGAAACUAGAGGAUUUUUGGGUCUUUUAGCACUUAAGCUCAGCCCAGGAACCAUCCGCAAAAAUGGAAUAGUGAAUAUAUCAUCUUUUGUAAAAAGAGAUAGAACUCUUGAGGUUUAUCCUUUUAGUUAA